GGCCGUCCGAGGGCCUGCGGCGGCUCCAGGAGGAGGAGGCGGAGCGCGAACGCUUCGCCAAGGAGUUCGAGGAGCAGAAGUCCGAGAAGCCUGGCCUCGAGGAGCGCGCGCCGGAGCCCGCGGCGCCGAGCCGCCGGCGCCCGAACCCGCGCGUGUUCCUGGAGGUGGAGGUGCGGGGCCCGGAGCUCCUCGGGCGGCCGGGCAAGGUGGAGGCGUCGGGCCGGCUGGAGUUCGAGCUGCUCGCGGACGCGACCCCGAGAACAGCGGAGAACUUCCGAUGCCUCUGCACCGGUGAGCGAGGUCCCUCGCUUCGCCGAUGGCGCCCCGGUCGGCUCAAGGAGGCGCCGGCCUGA